AUGACCGCACGCAGAACUCUUCUUUCGCUCACCUGGGCACUUUCCGUCACUGCAACGCAAUUUGCAAGCUUCACGCCUCCCGGAGACAAUACGCUUACCUACAGUAUCCAUGUUCCACAAGAUACAGCGACCAGGGGGACCGGUCCCAUCUAUAUCCAGCUCAAUGCCACGAAGGAGUUGACGUGGUUUGCCUUGGGCCAGGGCACCUCAAUGAUAGGGGCGAACAUGUUCGUGGUGUAUACCUUGGGAAACAAUGUAACAAUCUCUCCGAGGUUGGGGAAAGGAGAGAUACAGCCUCUUUACAACGAGAAUGCCGCAAUAAGCACCAUGAACGGCACUGGAAUUCACGAUGGAGUCAUUACUGCCAAUUUUCGAUGUGACAGUUGCAUCACAUGGCAGGGAGGCCGCCUGGAUCCAAACAAUUCUCAGAGCAACUGGAUUUGGGCUGUGAAAUAUGGAAAACCGUUGAAUUCCAACAGCCUGUCUGCGAUUAUUCACGAGCAUGACAGCGUGGGUCAAGAGAUCGUGAACCUGAACCAGGCGACAGGGACGAGUUCUAGAAACCCUUUCCUGGAUUUAUCCAGUCCAACAGCGGGUAGCGCGAUGGAUAUUGGCCCGCAGAUUGAUGAGGUACUCGACCGGAAGAAAAAGGCACACGCCGUGCUCAUGACACUUGCUUUUACUCUGCUGUUUCCAUGCUUUGCGUUGACCUUGCAUCUCUUCCCAUCGGGCACUGUGGCCAUCCACGGAAGUCUGCAGCUCUUUACACUUGCCAUGGCUAUUGCAGGGAUGGGGGUAGGGAUUUCCAUGGCCAAAGAUCUUCAACUACUGAGCCAUCAUCAUCCGGUAAUCGGAAUCGUGGUGGUCGCCGGUUUGACAAUGUUUCAGCCAGCGAUGGGAUGGUUGCAACAUCGACAUUUCCGCAAAUCGGGUGGCAAAGGACCAUUUGCAUAUUUGCACCGGUGGUUUGGGAGAACGAUGAUCGUUCUUGGAGUCAUCAAUGUUGGCCUUGGAUUUCAAUUGACAGGCAUCGGCAUGCCUGAUGCUCCUCGCGCCGCGGUGAUUUCAUACGGCGUAGUGGCCGCUGUGAUUGGGCUGGUGUACAUCACGGUGGUAAUUGUGAGAAGGGGAAGACGUGUUGUUAAGUAG